CUUUACCCUCAACUCUGCAUGUCCCUUACCUAGUGGCCCUGCUCAAAGUCUUCGUCUUCAACUCUCUCACUCCCUCUCUUCCUCCGGCUGUCUCGUCUUCUCUACGCAACCCUAAUUUUGCUGCAAACUUUUGGGUCGUCACUGUCAGCUCUCACAUGGCGAACAAGCACACGAUCAUUCUAAUGCAAACUUCUCACAACAAAGCAAGUAGAACCUUUAUGGACUAUGAUUCGAUAAGUCAAGCAAUGGAUGGUAUAUGUGGACUGUAUGAGAGGAAGCUGAGGGAGUUAAAUCCAGCAAUUAGAGAUAUCUCUUAUGACAUCGGAGAUCUCUACAAUUUCAUUGAUGGCCUUGCUGACAUGAGUGCUUUAGUAUAUGAUCAUUCGAUUCAGGCAUAUCUCCCCUAUGACCGACAGUGGAUUAAACAACGGACACUUCGACAUCUGCAAAAACUGGCGCAUUGACAAAAGUGAUGCUGCAGAUUUGUCUGUAGCAAACUUCAGACUUGAAUCAAAUAUUAAGGGAAUUAGCUAUGAAGUGUAUAAUUUCAGACUAUCCGGGCUUUCAUCCGGUCUGUGUUUAUUCGGGUGUUGUAACUUUUCUACCUGUGCACGUAUCUUCAAAAUUACAUGGUGGCUUUGCCCAAGUUUCAAAUGAGAACCAACGUUUGUUGUCGGCUUCGAUUCCGGAGCAAUU